AUGCGCACCGGUGACAGUUGCCAAACGCGCAAUAUUGAGAGCGAGGCGAGCGGACAGACUGAGGCAAGCGACAUGUCUUUAUUGUGGAGAUAUGACAGCGAAAGCCUCCCGCCGAUGGAACAGAGCCUGUAUUCAUCAGCGGAAUGCCAUCACUAUUACCUCCACGUCGGCAAGCUGGAGUCGUCCCCGAAGUGGUCGUCGGCCGCCCCCGCCACCUCCGCCCCCGGGGGAGGCAGCGGGGCCGGGGGUGCAGCUCCCCCUCACCGCCCUGGAGCGCCCUUCGUCCUGCCCCCCCCGUCCCCCUCACCACCCUCACCGCCCACUCCGCCCAUUCCGUGCACCACGGCGGCAACGUGGGCAUCCACUCCAGCAUGGGCGGCAUGCAGCAGGGCAGCCACCCCCCCCUCCCCGCCGCCCUUCUCGCUCCUCAACCACACCGUCAACAACUACAUGCUCCCCGACCCCACCAAGAGCAACCUCAUCUCGCAGCUCUUCUGA